UCUCCAAGCUUUGGCCUUGGAAAGCAACUUAUUUUCUGGAACCAUUCCUCCGGAGCUGGGGAAGUUGAUUAACAUGGAGAUUCUCUACCUUCGCGCUAAUAAUCUCACUGGAGAGUUGCCUAUGUCUCUCACUAAUAUGACCAAAUUAAAAACACUUUGGAUUGGCAGUAACAACUUCACUGGGAAAAUACCGAACAAUUUUCUUAGUUGGAAAGAGCUCGAGAUGUUAGAGAUGCAAGGGAGUGGUCUUGAAGGGCCCAUUGCUCCUAGCCUUUCUGCAUUAACUAAAAUGUCAUACCUUUAUCUUGAGGUGAUCUUUUGCAGAGCGAUUAGUGACUUAAGCGGUGAGAGUUCAGAUUUUCCAAACUUAUCAAAUAUGAAAGACAUGCAGACUUUGAUGUUAAGGAGCUGCAAUAUAAGAGGAACAAUCCCUGAAUAUAUCUCUAAUAUGACUAGUCUGAAACUUCUGGAUCUUAGCUUCAACAGAUUGAAGGGGAACAUUCCAAAUCUUGUGGAUAUAUGGAGAUUGGCCACAAUAUAUCUGACAAGUAACUUGCUUACGGGGCUUCCGGAGUGGAUCAAAUAUAGAGAUAGUCGCUACAUAAUAGAUCUUUCCUACAAUAACUUUUCAGAGAACUCUGUCCCAACUACAUGUCAAGACAACUUUAAUGUGUUCAAAAGUUUUUCCAGACAGAACAACUCGAUUCUUAGCCAUUGCCUCAAUCCAUGUUCAAAAGAGCAGUAUUCCGUGCAUAUAAAUUGUGGUGGAAAACAAGCCACCAUUGGAAGCAUCAAAUAUGAUGGUGAUGAAGCUUCAGGAGGUGGAGCAAAGUUUUUUCAUGACACAGGGAAUUGGGGAUUUAGUAGCACUGCCCGAAUAUCUCCUCUUUCUCUCACAUAUUAUGGCCGUUGCUUAGCAAAUGGAAAUUACACUGUGAAACUACACUUUGCAGAAAUAGUUAUCAGAAACAACAGGUCUUAUUACGGCGUUGGAAGACGAAUUUUUGAUGUUUAUAUCCAGGAAAAACUGGUAUUGAAGGAUUUUAAUAUUCAAAAGGAAGCACAAGGGGUUGAUAAGGAAGUGAUUAAGGUAUUUAAAGCAGUUGUCAAUGUUAUGACUUUAGAGAUCCGCUUUCACUGGGCUGGGAAAGGGACAACUAAUGCUCCGAAAAGAGGAAUAUAUGGUUCUCUUAUAUCUGCUAUCUCAGUGGAGUCUGAUUUCGAACUGCCUGAUGAUAGCAAAAUGAAGAUAUUCAUUGUGGUUGGAGUUGUCUCAGUGUUGUGUCUUAUUUUCAUGACUUUUGGCAUUCUUUGGUUGAGAUGCUGUUUUGGAGGCAGGGCAUCUACUAGAGAACAAGAUCUGAGAGGAUUAGAUCUACAAACUGGUUUCUUUAGAUUCAAACAAAUCAAAGCUGCCACUAACAACUUUGAUGCUGCAAACAAGCUUGGGGAAGGUGGCUUUGGAGCUGUUUACAAGGGUGAACUAUUAGACGGUACUAUUAUUGCGGUUAAGCAACUUUCUUCAAAAUCGAAGCGUUUGUUUUGCAACAGAAAGGAAAUCUGA